UCAAACGAGUGUAUGACUCCCAUCUACUCACCUACACUACAUUGAGAGCAAUUGAAAAGUAUUAAUCACUAGUAUACGUUUUCAAAGACUGGAUCUAGAUUUCUAUCAGAUAUGAACGGAAGUCUAUCUGGUGCUGUGUAGGAAAGGAAUAGGUAAUCCGUGCUCAUUAGCAAACGAUUGCUACAUUUAACAUAAUAACUAAAGAUCCGAUUGAAAGAAUCAAGUUCCACUAUUAACCUGGUCCAGCUGGCGUCAUAUCAACCAAAGAAAUGAUUCGCAUCAUUUUUCUUAUCUGUGUGUGUUUAUGUAGUUUCUAUUCAUUUCCACUAAAAGAUUGCCAAUCAAGAAGUCAAGAUAUUUUGUUCAUAAUUGAUUGUCGAAGUGAAGUACAAGAACAGAUAGACUUUAUUCAUACAUCAACAAAUUAUCUAUCUAAAGACAGUAACCAGUUCCAAAGUAUUUACUCAUAUAUUUCGUUUUCUACUGAUGGCGUGUUUGAAACUAACAAUUUAACAGAAAUUAAAGACUCUGAAUGUGGUCAAUUAUUUCCUAUUGAUGAUAUAUUUAACGCAUCUAAAAUUUGGUUUGUAUCUAGAAAUAGACCUUUAGUGAUAAUAAUAUUUAUCACUGAAUCCAAAUAUACAUAUAUAAAUGAUGUCAAAAAAAUAGUUGAAUUGCAAAAGAAAGAUAUGAAAGUUGACAGAUUUUUUAUAAUACCAAAUAGACAUGAUAUUUACAUGUAUUAUUACAUUAGUUUCAUUUACCUUUAUCAAUCAUUUCACGACUUAGACAUUGUUAAAAUAUUUGCCAAAAUUUGUGAAAAAAACUGUAUAAUACAUCCAGCAACCUAUACCUAUGGAGAAUUUCUAACAUCCUAUUACCAUAUAGCUAAUGUUUAUAAUAUGAGUCAUGAUGAAAGUGUACAGUACUGUGCAGAACAGACCAAUAGUUAUUUGAUUUCAUUCGAGUCCUCUCAAGAAAUAGCUUAUGUGAUUAGUUAUCUAAAAAAAAAUUUUGUUGUAGAAGACUUUUACGACAUGCGCCUACACGUCGGAAUAAGAAAAGACAAUCAGAAUAUAUUUUGGCAGUCAGGAAACCCUUUUGUCUUUAUUAACAAUUUUAACGGUUUGGCAUCUAAAGAAUGUUUCUUUAUAAAUAUUUCAAAUCUUCGAAGUAUCGAUGCUAUUGAAAACAAUACUGAAGGUUUUAUCGAAAAUUUAUUUGCCGAUAAUUGUUCAACAGUAGAGGAGCCUUCUUUCACCAUCUGUGAAUGUCAUUCGAUCCAAUCCAGUCCAAAGAAAGCUCUUAAGUUUAUCAAUGCGGCGUCAAAGAAUUCUAAAGUUAUAGAUGAUUCUUUUCUUUAUUAUGUUUUUUAUUUCUUGGAAAUCCCCCCUCCUUUUAGAAAUCUCAUACAAAGAUCUGAAUAUGUGCACAAUGUUUCAAAUUACCGUAAACAUCUUCAAUUUAAUGACACCUUCAUUUCGUUUUUAUUACCGAAUGGUGACAGCUAUUACAUCUUAGAACGUUUUGAUAUUUCUGACUGUAAGAAAGAGAGUAUAGUUCAACCAAAUUUAACUCUUGAAACACACAAUUUGCGAAGUUUUACUGUAGACAAUCAUUUGAUUUCCGAUAACAAAAUAAAUGAAAUAAAGUCACUCAUCUCAGAAAAGGUUUUUAACAUUGAUGAUAAUAAAUGCGGAACAAAGACUUUGGGCUAUAACUAUCAGGCUCCAACGUUUCGAUGUAAAUUCGAACCAAAUAAAGUUGUUCACAAAUGUAUUAAAACCAAUUCAUUGCGUACCUCAUUUGAUUGUAAAGAUAACUCACACUUACAGAACUGUGAACAUUUCAUAUGUCCUGAAGGUUUAAUUAAAUGUCCCAAUUCUUACUGUAUUUAUAGCACAUAUAUUAAAAAUGAUUAUCGAGAUUGCCCGUUUGGUGAAGAUGAAAUUCAGGUAAAUAAUAUUUUAGGUUUUGUUCAAAUUAGUUUCAUUUUGACACAGUUUUGUAUACAUAUAUCAGACAAAUUUGUUCAAACGUUUCAAAACAUAUUUGAGGACAGAAAAUCAUUUUUUUGUGAUGUCCCUUGCCCCACAAAUUUCACGUGUAUCUCGAACAAAAGGGUAGUGAAUAAGAGUGGAACAGAAAUCAUUGAAUACAUUGAUCAAACUACCAUUAACAUUUAUAACGUAUCCAAUGUAGCGUAUCCAAUCCUUUUUAUUAAAGACAUGUUUACUCUCUUUCAAAUAAUUGAAUUAUAUGCAAGGGAUUGUGAAAUACAAAAUUUUGACUACGCUUUUCAAUAUUGGAAUCUUUCAGAUCUCAUCAAAUUAGAUUUAAGUUACAAUGAGUUAAUAAGUAGUGAUAAUAUGAACAUCAUUAACAAUUUCAAUAAAUUAAAAGUGUUGAACAUUUCCCACAACACAAAUUUAGUAAUAGAUCAAAAUUUUAUUUUCCCUUCAACGCUAGAAAUUAUUGAUUUAUCUUAUACAAAGACGUCAUCAUUAAAAUUCAAUGUUUUCGAAAACUUGAGGCAUCUAAAAGUUCUAAAACUAAUUAAUACUUUUAUUUCUAGUUUUAAAGAUAUGGGAAUACCGGAAUACUUUACACUAGAAAGUUUAUACAUAGAAAAUCUUUCUAUUGCGAAUAUUGAAGAAAAUUUUUUCCGAGGUCUUACUAUAAAUUCUGAGUUACGAACUAGUGAUUAUAAACUUUGUUGUCCACAAAUAUUGAAUCCAAAUAUUUCAGUAGACAAAUGUCAUGCACCUGUAGAUGUCAUCUCUUCAUGUAAACAUCUUGCUGGGGACAUUCUAAAGAGAACAUAUGGACCAUAGGACUUGCAACUUCAGUUAGAAAUGGCAUUGUGUCUAUAGAUUUAGAUCUGGAUUGUUUGUAUCUGGUCUAGCUGUUUCAGAUUUUAGUAUGGGCAUGUACAGUAGAUAUUUAAUAUAAUGAUAUUUAUGUAUUAGAUAAUUAAAAGAUGUUAAAUGGAGACAUAGUUUUGCGUGUCAAUUUGCAAGAUUUCGUUAACAACCUCAAUUUCUACAUUUUAUUACAAAACUUAUAUCAACUCAAUCUGUAUGUCUGGUAAAAAGUUUGUACACGUUAUUUCUCCGACAUCCAAUCUCGGAUCAAGCUGAAAUUUCGCACACAUUUUUGGCUAGACAGACAGACACACAGACAGACAGACUGACAGACAGAGUGAGUUGAUAUAAACUUUGUAAAAAUAUUAUUAAUUGCACAGACUUAUUGUUCUUGGUCUACAUGUGUUAUUGUUCUUGGUCUACAUGUAUUAUUGUUCUUGGUCUACAUGUAUUAUUGUUCUUGGUCUACAUGUAUUAUUGUUCUUGGUCUACACGUAUUAUUGUUCUUGGUCUACAUGUAUUAUUG